CGCCGCAUCAUCGCUUCCGGGUCAGAUCUUUCCCGGCGUCUGCGGCCUCCAACUGACCGGUUUUGAGAAGCCUCUCGUGAGACAGGCCGGUUCGGAUCCAUGUUGAGGCGCCGCUGUCGGGCGGUGAGUCCAGGGGCGGCCGGAAGGAGGGGCGGCCGCCACCGCGGAGCGUAGAAACCGGCCUGGAAGGAGCGGGGCGGCCGAUGUUGGUCCGCUGGUCGCCAUGGACAAGAUCCUGGAGGGGCUGGUGAGCUCGUCGCACCCGCUGCAGCUGAAGCGCGUGAUCGUGAGGCGCGUGGUGGAGUCUGCCGAGACGCCGCUGAGCGGGCCGCAGUGUCGGGCCAUGUUCGCGCUCAGCACCCGCCUCAUUCUGCAGGGGCCCGACCACUUCCAGCGCCAGGUCGGGCGGCAGGUGCUCGAGGCCUACGCCCGCCACCACCGCGACGACUUCGAGGCCUUCUUCACCCGCGGCCUGGUGCUGGCCUUACUCCAGGGAGGAGGCCCGGCGUCCCCCUCGUUGGCUCCGAUGUGUGCGACCCCCGGCCUCGGGGCCAGUCUCGACCCGGCCGUGCUGGACUACAUCCAGGCCGGCUUGCGCCUCCUCAUCAGCUGCCCGGCGGUCCUGGAGCUCUUCGCGCUGUUGCAAGAAGAAGCGUUGCGGCUGGUGGGCGAGAGGCCCUCCGCUCCCCUCUGCGCCCGCCUUUGCCAGCUGCUGGGCGAUUUCCCCCAGUGUCUGCCUCGCGGGAGGAAAGCCGCCCUCGCCUUCUGCCAGCAGCUGGUGCGCAGCAUCGCCCACUUCCAGACGCAGGGCACCCGCGAGGCCGAGCUGCGCCUCUGCGUUGCCCAGGUCACCCAGGUCAGCGGCCUUCUGCGCAGUAUGUGGAAGGCUGAGCCCGACACCCUGCUGCCCUCCUUACAGGAACUCUUUGCCAUCAUCUCGUCUACGGAUACUUCAUUUGAACCUUCUGUUGCCCUGGCAAGUCUUGUGCAGCAUAUUCCAUUACAGAUGAUUACAGUACUCAUUGGGAGCCUUACGACAGACCCAAAUGUAAAAGAUGCAAGUAUGACUCAAGCUUUGUGCAGAAUGAUUGACUGGCUUUCUUGGCCGUUAGCUCAGCAUGUGGAGACCUGGGUGAUUGCACUGUUAAAAGGCCUGGCUGCAGUCCAGAAGUUUACUAUCCUUAUUGAUGUUACUCUGCUUAAAAUUGAACUGGUUUUUAAUCGACUCUGGUUUCCUCUUGUGAGACCUUGUGCUUUAGCUGUCCUUUCUCACAUGUUGCUUAGUUUUCAGCAUUCUCCAGAGGCUUUUCACUUGAUUGUUCCACAUGUGGUCAAGCUUGUAAAAUCCUUCAAAAGCAAAGGCCCACCUUCCAGUGCAACUUUUCUGGAACAGCUGAGUGAGCUCAUACACUGUAUGAUGUAUCAUUACUCUGGAUUCCCAGAACUCUAUGAACCUAUUUUAGAAGCUAUCAAGGAUCAUCCCAAACCCAAUGAAGAGAAAAUUAAGAUGAUACUGAAUCAGAGUGCCUGGACUUCUCAAUCCAAUUCCUUGCAAUCUUGUUUGUCUAGAUUUUCUGGAAAAUCUGAAACUGGAAAGACUGGUCUGAUUAACUUGGGAAAUACCUGUUACAUGAACAGUGUGAUUCAGGCAUUAUUCAUGGCUACAGAUUUCAGGAGACACGUGCUGUCUUUAAAUCUGAAUGGAUGCAAUUCCCUGAUGAGAAAGCUGCAACAUCUUUUUGCAUUUUUGGCUCAUACUCAGAGGGAAGCAUACGCUCCUCGGAUUUUCUUUGAGGCUUCAAGGCCACCUUGGUUCACCCCUAGAUCCCAGCAGGAUUGCUCUGAAUACCUCAGGUUCCUGCUAGACAGGCUUCAUGAAGAAGAGAGAACCUUGAGAGCUCUGACUUCAUCAAAACUUCAAGAUGACAUGAAUGAAGAAUCACUGGUGCAAGAAGUGUCCAGUAAGACGCAGAAGUUUACCAAACCACCCUGUACAGGAACAGAAGAUAGAACCUUAAUAGAAAAGAUCGAACAGAGGAAAAGCUGCGCUGGCUUUUCUGAAACGCACUCAUGCUGUUUAAAGCGCGAAAGUAGCUGUACGGAAGAACGCUGCAGGGAUGUUUUGGCGCUUGCUUUUUGUCCUCCUAUAUUCUUGAAGAAAUUUUUUGACGCACGGGGUUUAGAAAGGUCUGAAGGGCUCGAUGAUAGUCUGGGUGCUGGGGAUUCGAUAGGGGUUGCUCGAUGUCCAAAGUGGGUGGAAACAGUUAAAUGCGAACUUCGAGUAAGCAGAGAAGCCGUGCAGGUUGAUGGACUAUUGAAAGAUGUUCCCAUUGACUCCGGCUGCAAUAUUUCUACAGAACCUUUUUUUUCAUUGCAAAGCUGAAGACACCGGGCUGGAUUUUGCGGCUACAUUAUUGAAGCUUCACUUCCUUCUGUUACUGAAUUUGCUGAGUUCAAAAGCGCUGCAAGCGCCUGAAGUCGCCAGGGAGACAACCAGCUCUUAUCAGUGUGUGAAAAAUGUGCCUCUCUACAGAAUGCAGAAAAAACUAUGCAAAUUGUGGAGGAGCCGGAAUACCUCAUUCUCACACUGUUGAGAUUCUCAUAUGACCCCAAGUGUCACAUUAGGCGCAAAAUCUUAGAUAACGUGUCUUUGCCACUUACUCUGGAGUUGCCUGUUAAAAGAACUCUGCCAUCCCUGGGGCAAGUAUCAGGCAUGUGGUCUGCAGGGCUUGAGUUUUCUGACACUGGUGAGAAUCUAGCUAAAAAACUCAAACCUUCUGGUGCUGAAGAAGUGUGUUGUCCUCAACUCGUCCCCUAUAUAUUAAGUUCUGUGGUUGUGCACUCUGGCAUAUCUUCUGAAAGUGGACAUUAUUACUCUUAUGCCCGAAAUGUUGCUAGUUCGGCACCCUCAUUAGGACCAUGUGAUCAAGCUAAAGGUCUGGCGUUAGCUUAUCCACAAAGUAAUUUAAUGGCUGGAGAGGCUCCAAUUGCAGCAGUUGAAAAGGACCUGGAUGAAAAUGAGGUGUCAAAGGAGUGGUUUUUAUUUAAUGACAGCAGAGUGACAUUUACCUCAUUUCAGUCAGUACAGAAAAUUACAAGCCGAUUCCCCAAGGAUACUGCUUAUGUGUUGUUUUAUAAGAAACAGAACAGUGCAAAUGUUCUUGGCACUAAAUCACCCAAUGGGCUUUGGGUCAAUGGCGAUCCUCCACUUCAAAAAGAUCUUAUGGAUGCUAUUACAAAAGAUAAUAAGUUAUAUUUACAGGAGCAAGAGCUUAGUGCUCGAACACAGGCCCUUCAAGCAGCUGCAGCUUCAUGCUCCUUUCGACCGAACGGAUUUGAUGACAGUGAUCCCCCAGGAAGCUGCGGACCGACAGGUGGAGGAGGCGGGGGAGGAUUUAGUACUAUCAGCCGAUUAGUGUUCUGAGGAAGAGGGCAUCAAAUGCAUCAAGCUGCCCCCACUUCUGCUUAGGACUGUUAAAACACUGAACUGUAUUAAAUAAUGUAUCAAGCUUUUUUCAAGAUGUGAUCUUUGUUCUACAGAGAACUUUGUUUUUUAUUUGAAAUAAAUAAGUGCAUCAUGGAGAAAUCUACCUCUUAAAUUCAGUUGUCUUUAUGAAAGGACAUUCUUGGCCAAAAGAGGAGUUGGAAGGCUUUUAUGACACUAGGUUGACUAAUAAAGCACUUAUGACAUGUAAUCCCAAACUUCAUAGUGGAAGUACACUGCUUUGAAGAAGAGAUGAUCGCUCAACCCCCGUGCAGGUUGGGGUGGGCUUAAUUUUUUUCCAUAAAUUUGUAAAUCCUCAAAGAUACUAGAGAUGGUUUAACCUUUAAAAUGAAUGAAAAUCCAAAACGUGUGUAAGCCAAGGUAAGAACAAUUGAAACGCAGCAUAUUAGAUUGCAGGUACAUAUGUAAAGAAGUUACUUGUUAAAUCACUUUUCUAAAUGUGCAUGGUCUUGUAGGAACCAAGUUUUUAAGGGAAAAAAUGCAACGUUUGUAGUAUUUCUAAUUGCUUUGAGGAUUUUAAAAUUAUUUCAGGGAGUAUCUCUGCUGUGUUCUGAAGGAAGAGAAAUUGUAUGUGCCUUGCUGUACCGUAACUUGAAGUACAAAACUUUGAGACUGCAGAAGAGUGCAGAACAUGAGAUGUUAAUUUUCCUGUUUAAUAUGAAAUGAUUUUUGGGGGAAAAUGUUAGAUUUUCCAGAAGUAAAGUCUGGUGGUUCUAAAAACCAAUUUGUUGUUCAUAAUUUUCAGUUCAAAAAUGUUUUUAAAAUUUAGAAACAAUAUCAGUGCUGUUGUGUAAAUACCAAACAAUGCUGACUGAAAUUUUGUUCCUGUUAGUGCGACGAAACCUCUAGAAAGUUGACUUCUUUAGGGAUUUAUAAAUAUUUGACUUAAAUUGC